AUGUUCCCGUACGUGCAGGACUACGACGGCUACGCCGUUAGGAAGUGGAUGCUAGACAACGUCGACGUGCUUGGCUACCUCAGUCUCGGCUACCUGGCGCUGGUGUGGAAGGGGCCUGCCGUGGCGAAGCGCCUGAACGGGGCGAGCAACCGGGUGAGCAACUCCGAGGCCCUCCGCUACGUCAUCAUUGUGUGGAACCUCCUGCUCUCCAGCUUCUCCUUCCUCGGCAUGGCCGUCGUGGUGCCGGCGCUGCUGCGGCGCAUCUACACCCAAGGCGUGCUGCGGGCGAUUUGUGACGAGAACGACGCAAUGCUGUACAGCUCCCCUGUGGGGUUCUGGAUCGGCAUGUUUGUGCUGUCGAAGAUUCCUGAGCUGGUCGACACCACGCUGCUGGUGCUGCAGGGCAAGGUCCCGCCCUUUCUGCACUGGUACCACCACGUCACGGUGAUGAUCUUUUCGUGGCACACGUACUGCGACCAUAUCAGCACCAUGAUCGUCUUCGCCGCGAUGAACCUGACGGUGCACGCCAUCAUGUACCUCUACUUCGCCAUGUGUGCCUGUGGCUUCAAGAAGACGAUGCGACGGUUCGCGCCGUUCAUCACGAUGCUGCAGAUUGCGCAGAUGGUGGUGGGGACCGUGGUGACGGUGUACUCGGCGUACGCGGUGUACGCGGCCCCGGCGGGGGCGGCGCGGGGCUGCCACGUCUCCAAGUCCAACGCUCGGAUGGGCGUGCUCAUGUACCUCAGCUACCUCUACCUCUUCUCCGUCAUGUUUGCCAACGCCUACCUGCGGCCAAAGCGGCCGGCGACUUCCACCCACGCCUCCGCGGGGAAGAACGAGUGA